AUUCUUGAGAGCUAGGAGUAAUAUAAAUCAAAGUAACUUGAGAACACCCAGCCUGGAAUAACAUGGGAAGGAAGACAAGAGGAGCAAAGCUGAAGUCAGUGUGGGUUUGAAAAGAGAGAACACAGCAAGACAUAUUUGAAGACAUGACUUGUCAUAACCUUAGAGAAUGUCAGAACUUCCUACACCUAUUUCACCCCAUCUAAAUUUCCAUUUAAUGAAGUCAUUCAUUCAGAUACAUGGAGAUGUCUUCCCUUCUUUAGAUGCAAACAAAAAGGACUGUAAUCUGCAAACGCCCAUACUAAAAUAAUUCUGCUAGGCAAGUUGCCACAUGAUUCUGCUUGGGAUGGACAGUACUGGGACUACCAUGGUGAUGUCUUUGAAACCUCCUUUGGCACAGAAUACUAAUCCAGACACCAGGAUGACCUCAUUUCUCACACCAGGGGCCGAACAGAAAACCAGGACAAACCACGCGCCCCUCACGGGACCGAAAGAGGUGGAUUCAAGAAAUUCUUCUGCCGUCCCCGAACUUUUGCCGCCUGAUCGUACUCAUUUUUUUUAAUUCGAGACACGCAUUGUGGGGUUGCGCUUUAGACUGACAUGGCAGGGCAGGAAGGUGGGGGGGGGGAGAGGAAGAGGAGAAGCGUUAUUGCACUCAAGAGAUAAAAUCUGAUUUGAGGAAAGACCCGGGAAGGGGGGGGGCAGUCUGUCUGGAGAAUUGCGCUAAGAUGCCUCCGAGCAGCCUGGGCGCCAGCCAGCCAGCCCCCUCGGCUUCCCGGCGUUCCUUCAGCCCCAGGAACAAAGCCGGCCAAGCGGCUUAACUUCCCGAUGACCCCCGUGGCGUGGCGUGGCGGCUGGAGCCCCACCCCUCGGGUGGCCGGAGGGCUGCCCGGCUGCGGUCACAUGGCUCUCUCUCGGCAGGGUGGGAAGAAGUUAUUCCAACUGCCAGGCGCCGCCCGGCUGCCCGCCGGAGGGACGCUUCUACCCCGGCUUCUUCGGCUGCCUCCGGUUGGAAGUCUUCCACUCCGUCCGCCUCGGCUCCAAAUACCCCGCCGAGUCUCCAAGGCUAUUUCUGAUUGGGCCCGGGUUGAGCUCGUCAUAAUUCUGGUCCAAUCGGAGGCAGCCUAGGUGCCCACGAGCGAGCCGGGAACUUGCAAACAUGAAUAGGUGAUGGGAACCAGUCCAUUAGAGUUUCUCUUGUAAUUCUACCGAGAUAUUCAACUGCUGGGACAUAAAACAUGGCUGGUAGUGAUGAUCUCUUAAAGAAUCUGCAGAAUAAUUUGCACAGACUGAACAACCUCCGAUCUAAAUUUCUUGCACCGACAAAGCAUCCCUUGUCUGCAGCUGCCAAGUCAUUGCUUUGUGAUCAGCAGCAACUGCCAGGAGAAAAUAUGAACAUCCAGCCAUUUGCUCCUAGAAAGAACAUCCGUCACCGUAACCCAUACUGGCCUGAUGAGGAAAUCCGGACCUUCAUUGAAAUAUGGGGUGAUGACCAAGUCCAAGCCUCACUGGCUACCAAUUUUCGCAAUGAGGCCCAGUACGAGUGGAUAUCGGAUCGGAUGAGGGAAUAUGGCUAUGACCGGGAUAUGAAGCAGUGCCGGUUGCGUGCUAAGGAACUUCGUCGAGGAUAUAAGGCGAUUGUUUGUGGAAACAACUCCUCUGUUAGUGGUCAACGGGCCCUGCCAUUCUAUGACUCCUUGAACAGUUUUCUAUGCAUGCACAAGGGCCUUGUGGUGUCCAAAGUGUCGCUCUCUAUAGAUCGGAGGAAUCGAGAGGCACAAAAGCUGGGCCUGGAGCAGGAGAAGAAUGAAAAGCUAAGUGUGGUCCUUGUUUCUGAUGAUGAUGAAGCAUCCAUUCCAGAGCCCACUGAUGACUCCAAUGGCUAUUUUCAAGACACACAAAUGGAUUCCGACCCAGUGAAUGCACAUUCCCCAAGUGAUGAAUGGGAACAGCAUGGAGAAGAUGGCAUUCUGGCAGGUGAUGUGGCUUCACCCAGCUUUUCCAAUGCCAGAGGGGAGAGCCAUUCUGUCCAUUUAGGCCCAUCCAGCUCCUUUCCAAGGGCAUCCCUAGCUGAUGUAGACAGAGUGAGCAACCACUGGAACAGAAAACAGAGGAAGCAAACUGAAGCUGCCUCGGACCUUGUGGAUGCCAUCUCGCAAGUGGGUGACAGACUCAUAAAUGCUCUGUCUGAUCUGCACUCAAAGCACAGGGAGACAGCCGAGGUUGCACAGACCAGGGAAAAUAAUGCUCGCAAAGAAGAGUUUGCCAUCCUCGCAAGCCACGUGGACCAGGCUACAAAAAAUGUGGACAAACUCAUAACUGUGAUGGAGACCUCUACCAGACAGAUUGCAGAUGCUAUGGACAGGCAAACAGCUGCCUUGGAGAAUCUGGCCCGCUUGUUUGCUUCCAGGGCUCCGGCUCUUUCAGUGCCCUUAGACUCCCAAGGGCAACCUAUGUGUUCAUCUCCAGGUCCUUCUGUACCACCUCCACCAUCACCUCCAGCAGGGCUGCACAAUGCCCUGAACACUUUGGUGGCAGGCAACACUGGUGAUCCCAAAGGACCGACAUUGCCAGCUUCCUGCGAGGCUGAGGAAUGUCAGCCAGAGGUGAAGAAAAUAAAAAUGGAAGACUAGUAUAAGUUGCUUGUGCAGCAGUCUUAUCACACAUGAUUGUUUGCUCCCAUGGGGUGAAUGUUUUGGGGGGUUUUGAGUGGAAAGUAAGGAAGGUAGAAGCUGGAAAAAAAUCUCUUCUGUGUUUCUUUUUUUAAAAUAUAAGAUUUAUAGCUAGGUUUUGUGGGCAGCUUUGUACAGCGGAGGGAUGGGUGGAUUUUGCUCAGGCUGGUAAAGCUGUACAGUUCAUUGGCAUUCCAUUAGUCAGUUAUCAUUUCUGUACGUAUUCUGCUGCUUAGUUAUGCAAUUUGGGCUGUACCCCUAUGAACAUUUGGGGGAGAGCAGGGAGCCAAGUCGCAUUGAACUCUGUAGGCUUUGCUUCCGAAUAAGCAUAACUGGGAUCAGACUGUUGUUGUAGCCUGUGAUUUGGCUUUGGACAAGGAGAACAUGGAUUCAAAAUCUUCCCUCAGCCACAAACUCACUGUGUGGCAUUUGUCAGGUUUCUGUAAGCCAUAGUCUUGGUUAUUUCCAGAUGGGUAACUCUAAUAAUUUACAUCACCUGGUGCUGAAGAAAAUUAUUGAAAAAAUUAUGAAUCAUUGCACUCACUAAACUACUGUGGAAGGCCACUGAAAAGAAAUCUCAUUUUUUAUUGUUUCAUAAAAUCCUGUUAUUCAAACCAAUGAGAUGUGCCACAAGCAAAAGGUAUUUUCCUCCCUCAUUUUGCUGAAGCCCUGUGCCAGAGAAACGCACAUCUGGUCAGCAGGA